CCGGAAAGCUCUCCUCUCCAAGUCGUCUCCGCGUUUGGGUUCUUCACACCACAAUGCUGCGCAAGUCUGUUCUCGAGCUGUCAAUAAAGAGGCUCCCGAGGAAUUUGGGAGCUCAGAGAUUUCAUUUGAGUUCGUCGAGGAAAGUAUCUACUUCUGGUAAAAAUGGAGCUAAUCCUGUGGGAAAACCAGUUACUCCAAAUGUGUCUCCUCCUCCUCCUCCUGUGGGGAAACCAGAGGGCUCUAAAGGAGGUGGUUCUGCGAAAGUGGUUAUAGGAGGCGCUGCUAUCGCUGGUGCGUUUCUGUUAGCGUAUCAGAAUGGAUACUUGGAUCAGUACAUUGGGAAUGAAACGCAGAAAUUAAGUGAGUCAGUUAAGUCAGAUGGAGUUACUGAAAAAAUAGAGGAGGUUCAUCAUUCGAGUGUAUCUCCCGGUGUUGAAGAUUCUGCUGGGAUUAGCUCAUCAAUGGAUGGUAAAGCUGAGGUUCCAGCUUCUGUGGGAGUGCAGAGUGACGUAGAAGUGCAUCCCGAGUCUGAUCCAACACCUGACCGUUAUACAUAUGUUUCUUCUAACCAACAAGAGUCGCCUCAAGAAAAUGCUGUUGAUGAAGCAGAGAAAAGCUUGCCUCUUUCUUCCGAAGAUUUGAAAACUGAGUCUGUCUCGUCCCAGGAAAUUAAUUCUGAGGCAGAAAAUGUGAGGUUGGAAGCUGUACCAAAACCUGAGGACAGUACUGUUGCUAGUGCCCAGCCUAGUUUGGUUCUUAAUGAAAGUGUAAUGGAAUCUGCUUCACCGAAGGAUCCUGCCACUGAGAAGGCACCCGAGGAUGCCAUUGAGCGUGAAAUUGAAAAGCCAGGUUCGCUCCUUAAGGAAUACAAUCUAGAUGGCAAUGGUACUGAAAGCAAUGGAUCCUCAUCGGCUGCAGAGCAACUAACUGAAGAAACUGAGGCUCUUCUCAACUCUACUGAGGGGCUGAAAGAUGGCUACAUGACUCAAGAUGGAAAGUUGGUACUUGAUUUUUUGGAGGCCAUUCAUGCAGCUGAAGAAAGACAGUCGCAUUUGGAAGCCCAAGUUUUUGCUGAAAAAUUACGAACCUUGAAGGAGAAGUACGAAAAUGAGCUAAGAGAUCUUAGGGCACGUGAAUUAAUGCGUAUAGAGGAGGCUGCAAUAUUGGAUAAGGAGCUAAAAAGAGAGAAAACAAAAGCAGCCGCUGCUAUCAAGUCAAUCCAAGAGAGAAUGGAAGACAAGCUCAAAACAGAAAUUGAACAAAAGGAAACUGAAGCUCAGUUGGCGUUGAGUAAAGCUGAAGAAAUGGCAAAAGCUGAGUUGACUGCGGCAAUUAUAAAAGAAAAGGCAGCACAAAUUGAAAAAAUGGCUGAGACAGAUCUUAACAUAAAGGCAUUGCAUAUGGCAUUCUAUUCGCGCUCUGAAGAGGCUCGCAAAAGUCACUCAGUUCACAAGCUUGCAGUGGGUGCACUUGCGUUGGAAGAUUCACUCUCGAAAGGACUACCAAUCCAUAAAGAUAUAAGUAUGCUUCAGACUUACCUUGAAGGCGUUCAAGAGGACUCAGGCUUAGACUUGGUUUUAUCAUCUCUUCCAGAAGAAGCAAAAGCCAAAGGAACCGAUACAACAUUGCAGCUAAACCAGAAGUUUGAUACCUUGAAAGGAACACUUAGACACUUCAGUCUCAUUCCACCUGGUGGCGGAGGAAUCUUAGCACAUUCACUAGCACAGAUAGCAUCUUGGCUCAAGUUCAAGGAAGUGGACCAAGCUAAUGGAGGCAUUGAAUCUGUUAUUAAGAAAGUUGAUCAGUACUUGGCUGAGGACAAACUAGCAGAGGCAGCAGCUACACUUGAAGAAGGUGUUAAAGGAAGUAAAGCAGAGGAAGUAGUCAGUGAAUGGGUGAGACUCGCAAGAAACAGAGCAAUUACAGAACAAGCUGUGACACUUAUCCGAUCUUAUGCAACUUGUGCCAGCCUCACUUGAUCAUUCCUCUCAGAUCUUCCAUUCAAAGUUAAAAAAAAAAAAUUAAAUUCGAUACUCAAGAGUCCUCCAGUUCAUUGAUUUUGCGGGAAGUAGUACCAACCCUUUUUGUUCAAACGAAGAUUCAAUGGUUGUUUCAAUAACUCUCUUCUUGUGUUUAUGUCUGCAAGAUAAAUCAGACAGUGUUUCUUUUGGGAUUCAGUAACCAGUUUGGUGUUUAAAAUCACAGGGGUUUUCGAGAGACAGAGAUCUUUAUCUGAUUUAGAAUGUUACAGAAGUUUGAAUUUAAAUAAGAGAAACUCAUGAAUUAUGAUUU